CCCAACGCAUUAACAUGCGUUAAAUUACUACGAACGCGUGUGCGCAAGCUGUGUAUACACUCGCGGGUGGUGUGGUGCACUCGCGUCUGCGUCUACUGCAGCAUACGUUGCGGAUUUGUUUACAUGCAUUUGUUUUUGUAUAUAUGUGCAAAAUUGUAGCCAAUCAGUAACGCGCCAAAUUGUGUGCAUACUUGUUUACGUGCCUCCUGCCAGCUGAGUGCGCGCUUUUUUUUUUCAGUGAUACAGAAGUUCAUCGAUAUUUGUUUAUAUUUUGAUGACGUUGCGCAGUCACAAGCGGCAGCUUCAGCGUCGGCGCCGACAACACUGUAUGAUUCUAAUUUGAAUUGCAAAAAUUCAAUCAGUAUUGUUUUUGUUUGUUUUGAUUUGGUGCGCGCGAAUUAGUGAACAAUUAUUUUUUGUUUGUUUGAUGAUAUGAAAUUUCAAUACCCGAUGUUUUCGGCGACCAACACAAAAAUUAAGUUACCCAGUGAUGCCACUGCGCCCACUUUGCGUUGCCUUUUAAAUGGUCCUUUUCGUGAGCUGCACUUUGCUGCCACAGACCAUCGUAUCACACCCGUACACGACAUCGUCUUCCUCGAUGAAGUCGAUCCAGCAAUAACGCCGCUGAAUUAUCGCCCGAUAGCAACGUCUCCAGUAGCAACGUCACCAGAUGGAACAAAUGGAUUCAAUGGCACCAACGGAUUGGAUACCAGCAGCAACGGGUAA